GGAGGGAAAGAAGGAAGGAAAAAGAAGGAAGAAGGGGACCAGGCGGCUCGGCCGCGGGGAUGGCGGCCCGCGGGCUGUCGGGGCUGGACGUGCGCAUCCCCUCCGUGGGGCCGGAGGCCCAGGGGCCCGACCGCAGCCUGGACAAAGGGCACAUGGUGUUCAGGGUGGAGAUCUUUUACAACGGGCGAAGACACACCAUCCAGCGCCGCUACAGCGAGUUCCACGCCCUGCACAAGCGGAUCAAGAAGCUGUGUAAAGUGCCUGACUUCCCUGUGAAGCGCGUGCCCAACUGGAGAAGUAAGGUUUUGGAACAGCGGCGGCAGGGGCUGGAGGCCUAUAUCCAGGGUGUCCUGUACCUCAACCAGGAGAUUCCCAAGGAGCUGCUGGAAUUCCUGAAGCUCCGCCACUUCCCGUCGGAUACCAAGGCCAGCAGCUUGGAUUCACUCGGUGAGUUCCUGCCCGGCAACGGCAGCUGCCGGCUCCAACAUCGGCCUGUGCUGAGCUUCAACAAGGACCCUUACGUAGAUGCUCCGUCUUCAGAGCCGCUUCCCAAUACAGUGGUGAAUGGCGUGCUGCAGGGCCUCUACGGCUUCAGUCAUUGCCCCGACGAGCCCCGGCGACUCUCCCCUGCCAUGCAGGGCCGUCGUCCCGCCCGGGACCGUGAGGAGCCCGGAGCCUGUGCCUGUUGCCGGUCGGAGAGGCUGCCGGCCUGACUCAGGAAUGGGCGCAACUAGUCGGGACGUAGACUCCACUAGCCCACGGUUGCCAGUUCCGGCUGGGAGCCGAGGCCGAGGGUGCUAACGGUCGGUGGUGGUUGAGCACAAGAAGUCCCCCGGACUCACUAAGAGGCUGGUUUGGGCAGAGCGGGGAGCUGGGGGCCGCCCACAAUAAGGGAGAAGGAGGGGACGGAGAGAAGACGAUGCCCGUGGGUGACCUUACGUCUGGGCAAGUGGGAUGGUGGUCACCGUCUCUCCCGCUGAGAUAGAAAAGGUGGCCAAAGAGAGAAACGUAUGGCGUUUUAAGUCCUGGGACUUUAAAGAGGGAUUGGAGGCCCUCCCAGAGGGUGUUCAAAGUGAGUAGGCGUUUUGGUCAG